GGUGAUUUUAAAUGAACUCUGUUUAUCCAUUUAGUGAUAAAACAUGAAACUACAUCAGCUCACAGUCAAACCACUAACCAGGUUAGCCACUGACCGUUGGUAAAGGUCAGGCAGUAAUGAAGCUUUUCCUCCCGUUAAACUACAUUUCUCCUACAGAUACACUGUGUUAGAUGAUUCUGUUAUAUCUAAGGUAAACUCGAAGUUUAUUCAUGUCACUGUAAGUUCACCGGACAUAUUUAAUUAGGUGCUAAUUAUAAGGAAAAUGGACAUUGUGUUAAUUAGGUCAACAAGAUUAAACAAAAUGACUCAAACUAGACACAAAACGAUAAAAAAUGUUCAUCUGACAGCCGCUCCUUCAGCAGACAUCAGACACUCUCCCAUCAUGUCCUCUGACCACACUCAGCUUCUUCGGAGGCCCCUGCCCCCCAGGAGAACCCCUCCCAUCGUGAAACCCCCUCCUGCUCCCAGACCUUCAGCAGGUCCAGUGAUCCUGGAUCAGAGUGAUGCAGGUACGAGGCGUCCCAGCAGAUGGGACGCUGACACCCCCGCCCCCAGGGCAGCCCCGCCCACACCUCUGCAGCCUGACACCUCUGCCCCGCUGAUGGACAGAGUGACCGAGGGUUUCCCCUGUAAACCACCACGGAGCCGCCCCAGGAACCCCCUGCUGGAGCUGCUUCAGUCAGAUGUCCGCUUCAGAGCUCCACCUCCCAUUUUCUGCCUCAGUGACUUCCUUCAGAGCCACAGUGGUUCCCAGCACAACUCCCAGUCCCCACCAGCAGCUUGUCCUCCUGAUCUUCACUGAGGAGCUCACACACUGAUGAACUGUUAUUUUUAUUAUUGUGUAGAUGUAAAUACCACAUGUAUACAAGAGAAUAAACUGCCUCUCAGACUAACCCCUGACUUGUUU